AUGGCCGAUGAGAUGAUCAGGACUCAACUCAUCGUCGCCGAGAAGCUGGUGGCUUUGCUGGAGAGCGGGACGGAAACCUUGCUGCUGGUUGAUAGCCGCCCCUUUGUGGAGUACAACACCUCCCACAUCUUGGAUGCCAUCAACAUCAACUGCUCCAAGCUGAUGAAGAGGAGGCUGCAGCAGGACAAAGUGCUGAUCACAGAGCUCAUCCAGCAUUCAGCAAAACAUAAGAUUGAAAUUGAUUGCAAGCAGGAAGUGGUGGUGUAUGACCAAAGCUCUAAAGAUGUGACGUCUCUCUCAUCUGACUGCUUUCUUACUGUGCUCCUGGGCAAACUGGAGAAGAAUUUCAGUUCUGUGUACCUGCUUUCAGGUGGAUUUGCUGAAUUCUCCAGCNCUUUCCCUGGUCUCUGUGAAGGAAAAUCCACGCUCGUCCCUACUUGCAUUUCUCAGCCCUGCCUCCCUGUCUCCAACAUUGGCCCAACCAGAAUCCUGCCUCAUCUCUAUCUUGGCUGUCAACGGGAUGUUCUCAACAAGGAGCUGAUGCAGCAGAAUGACAUUGGCUAUGUGCUGAAUGCCAGCAAUACCUGUCCAAAGCCAGAUUUUAUCCCAGAAUCCCAUUUCCUGAGAGUGCCUGUGAACGACAGCUUUUGUGAGAAAAUUUUGCCUUGGUUGGAUAAAUCAGUUGAUUUUAUAGAAAAAGCAAAAGCAUCAAAUGGCCACGUGUUAGUGCACUGUUUAGCUGGAAUAUCUCGCUCUGCCACAAUCGCUAUUGCAUAUAUCAUGAAGAGAAUGGAUAUGUCCUUAGAUGAAGCUUACAGAUUUGUGAAAGAAAAAAGGCCAACCAUUUCUCCCAACUUCAACUUUCUGGGCCAGCUUUUGGACUUUGAGAAGAAGAUCAAGAACCAGAGCGGGCAGCCUGGACAUAUCAGUAAGCUGAAGCUCCUGCAUUUGGAGAAAAGCAGCGAGCACGUGCUGGUGCCGGAGGGUGGGCAGAGCAGCCUCUCCACGAACCAGCUCUGCCUCACCGCUGCCUCGGAGCGGGUGGAGCAGCCGGACUGCGGCAGCGCGCCGCGGGGGCACCCGGCCCCGCUGGAGGACGGCCCGCUGGUGCAGGGCAUCAACGGGCUGCACGUCUCCCUAGACAAGGUGGAGGACAGCAACCGGCUGAAGCGCUCCUUCUCCUUGGACAUCAAAUCCGUGUCCUGCUCGGCCAGCAGCACCUGCGUGACGGCAGCGGUGCAGGGCUUCGCCUCCUCGGAAGACACCCUGGAGUACUACAAACACGCGGCUGCUUUGGAGGGCAGCAGCAAGCUGUGCCAGUUCUCCCCUGUCCAGGAGGUCUCGGAGCAAAGCCCAGAAAGCAGCCCUGACAAAGAGGAAGACCGCGGCGACUCCCGGCGCAGCUGGCACGAGGAGAGCUCCUUCGAGAAGCAGUUCAAGCGCCGGAGCUGCCAGAUGGAGUUUGGGGAGAGCAUCUUGUCGGACAACAGGUCCAGGGAGGAGCUGGGGAAAGUGGGCAGUCAGUCGAGCUUCUCGGGCAGCAUGGAAAUCAUUGAGGUGUCCUGA